AUGUAUGUCUCACGGUUGGAAAACUCAACCUUCAAUCCCACCUCCUUCCUCCUGACUGGCUUCCCAGGGCUGGAAUAUGCCCACCACUGGAUUUCCCUCCCCUUCUGCCUCAUCUACAUGACUGUGUUCAUGGGGAACUGCACCAUCCUCCAUGUCAUCAGGACCGAUUCCAGCUUGCAUGAGCCCAUGUACUAUUUCCUGGCCAUGCUGGCCAUUACUGACCUGGGCUUGUGCCUCACUACUUUGCCCACCGUCCUGGGCAUAUUUUGGUUUGAUUCUCGAGAGAUCCCCUUUGGUGCCUGCUUUGCCCAGCUCUUUUUCAUCCACUCACUCUCUCUGGUGGAAUCCUCUGUGCUCUUAUCUAUGGCCUUUGACCGCUUUGUGGCCAUCUGCAACCCACUGAGAUAUGGAUCCAUCCUGACCACACAGAGGAUCCUUAAGAUGGGGCUGGCCUUUGUGUUCCGGAGCCUGACUCUGAUCUUCCCUUUGCCCUUCCUCCUCCGCCGUUUCCAUUACUGCCGGACGAAUGUCCUCUCCCACUCCUACUGCUUGCACCUGGAAAUCAUGAAGCUGGCCUGCUCAGACAUCAUCGUCAACCACAUCUACGGGCUGACUGUGGUGGCCUCCACCGUGGGAAUGGAUUCACUCCUGAUCCUCCUCUCCUACGUCUUCAUCCUGAAGACCAUCCUGAGCAUUGCCUCCAAGGAGGAGCGCCACAAGGCCUUCAACACUUGCAUCUCCCAUGUCUGUGCCGUCCUCUUGUUCUACGUGCCCAUGAUAGGCCUGUCCUUGAUCCACCGCUUUGGAGAACGCGCUCCUCACAUCGUCCACAUCCUCAUGUCCUACGUCUACCUGCUGGCACCACCUCUGAUGAACCCCGUGGUCUACAGCAUCAAGACAAAGCAGAUUCGCCAAUGCAUCCUCAGGAAAUUCUGCUCUGCCAAGGCCAUCUGGUCCUAG